AUGCUGCACGAGGGCAGCUCCCUGCGCUUGUUUUUCGACGACCUCUGCUGUGAGAUCACCUUCAGCACGGUGCUCGAAGCCAGCGAGUACUUGAGCGAGGCCGCAGCUCUGUGGAAGAAGAAGUCGGCCCCAAAAAACGCAUCGAUCAAGGCUCCGGAGGUCCUGCCAAAGCCUGCACCCGAACCUCCCAGGAAGAAGCAGAAGAUCGACGACGAUGGCUUCGAGGCCAUGUCGAACAUGAACAAGCUGAGAAUCAGGAGCCCCGUCGCGGAGUCCCUGAGCUACAAGCGGGCGGUCCUGGAUUCCAAGGUGGUGACGAAGACCUCCGAAGAUCUGCCCCUGGCGCGGCCGAGCCAGCCACUGCGGCGCAUGCAGCCACAAAGGAAUGCGGUUCUACAGAGGAAAGUGUCCAAUCCGCUGCAGGACUCCUCCGUCUACCACGGCUACCGAUCCUCCUUGGCCUUCGGGCUACAGAACUUAGGCAACACGUGCUACCUCAAUGCGGUCACCCAGGCCGUAGGCGCAUCUCGCGAGUUCGUCGCAGAGCUGACGUCCAUGGCAACGCGAUGGCCCCAUUGUACCAACGGCCCGCUCUUCAAGUGCAGCGUUGAUAUCCUGCAGCGCUUGCAGGCGGCGCAGAAUGCACCGCUGAGCCCUGCCAAGCUUCGAGAGCAGAUCGCGAUCGCCGCGCCAAUGUUCAGAGGUAGCGGUCAGCAAGAUGCCCACGAGUUCUUCUUGGAGUACAUCAACCAGCUUCACGACGAGCUUUUGAGGGGUCACAAGGACUGGCUGGCCCGGACGUCGGCGGAGGAUCAAGAACCUGUGCUUGCCACACAGAACCACUUCGAUGCGGAGCUGCUGAAGCAACUCACGUGCACGCAGUGUGGGAAGCCGCGGCAGGUGAUUGAGCGGUUCCGAGACUUCUCUCUGGACUUCCGCACUGACGCCAACCCGCUCUCCAUCGAGGCUAUGUUUCGCAGCUACUUUGACGCAGAGACUGUCGAGGCGAAAUGCGAGCACUGCGAAGCCACGUCGGCCCUGCUGGAGACGCAGCUUACCGAGGCCCCACGGCUCUUGGUUUUGCACCUCAAGCGCUUCGUUCCGAACGUUGAGAAGCAGCGCUACGAGAAGCAGCAUCAAUCCGUCCAGAUCCCUUACAUGUUGGAUGUGGAAAACAUCCUUGGCAAGGGCAGCGCCACAGGUGUGUCGCCGGCACGACUCCCGGCGAGGCCGCUGGCAUCCACUGCCACGCCCGCUGCCGGAGCUCCGGCCUCCGAGGCUGAGCCGGCAGAAGCGCUGGUGUACAAGCUCCGUGCCAUCGUCUCACACGAAGGGGCAUCGCCCAGGUCUGGGCACUACGUCUGCUUCGCGGAAUCUGCCAAAGGGGAGUGGAGCCUCUUUGACGACUCCCGCGUGAAGCAGUUUGCUCCUGGCGAGGAGCCAUGGACAACUUUGGGAAGCAAAGCAUAUAUGCUGCCGCUUGAGCAGCACUGA